AUGACAAAUUUUACAUACACGGAUGUAUUGAAAUAUGUGUUGGACCUUCCAGCGCAGGAUAUUUGGAGAUCAAGAUGGGCAGGUAUUCCGUCUUAUAACGAUAUAAGAUCUGAAUGUGGUUUGAUCAGAGCAACUGAUUUCGAUGAAUUUAGCGACGCGAUUGAUCCACAGAAUAUAGAAAAACUGAAGUCGGUAUAUCGGAAUGUCGAUGAUGUAGAUUUGUACGUCGGUGGACUUUUGGAAAGAAACUAUCCGGGGGCAAAAGUCGGUACAACUUUUUUUUGGAUCUUUAUACAACAAUUGCUGCGUUUCCGACAAUGCGAUCGGUUCUGGUACGAGCAUCCCGAAGCGGGAUUCACGAAAAUACAGUUAAAAAUAAUUAAAGGGGUGACUUUAUCUAGUAUUAUGUGCGAAACUGGUAAUAAUAUCCAGUCCAUGCAAGUAGAAGCUUUGCAACCACCAAAAGGAAUAAAUUUCCCGAUCAACUGUCAGUUUAUACAGAAAUUGGACUUUUCUAGAUGGUUGGAAACGACUUAUGAAGACACCACUUUCGAAUACACUACUUAUGAAGAGUUUACUCAUGAAAGUUUUUAUGAAAUUACUGAAACCUAUGAAAUAUAUUCAUAGAAUGGCUAUUGGAAAAUUAAUGAAAUAAAA